AUGCUACUGCCAAGGAUCGGUACGAGUGCCGAGCCCCUUCCGCAGCAGCGCGCCCCCGCGCCCACACCCGAGCCGGUGAAGUCCGAUGAUGAUUGGAAAUCCCAGAUCCGUCGGCCCCCAGCAGAUCAACGCUUCCGCACGGAAGAUGUGACGGCCACCAAGGGCAAUGACUUUGAGGAUUAUUUCCUGAAGCGUGAGCUUCUCAUGGGGAUCUUCGAGAUGGGCUACGAGAAGCCAUCCCCUAUUCAAGAGGAGAGUUUGCCAGUCGCACUGGCAGGGAAAUCCAUCUUGGCCCGUGCUAAGAACGGCACCGGCAAGACCGGAGCCUUUGUAAUUCCCAUCCUCGAGAAGUGCAAUACCACCAAGAAUGCCAUCCAGGGACUGAUUUUGGUACCGACCCGUGAGUUGGCAUUGCAGACAUCCUCGGUGGUGAAAGAGCUGGGGAAGCACAUGAAUGUGCAGUGCAUGGUCUCGACCGGUGGAACAAGCCUUCGAGAAGACAUCAUGCGCCUCUACAACGAGGUACAUAUCGUCGUCGCAACUCCAGGGCGUGUCCUGGAUCUUGCGAACAAGAAUGUGUGCAAUUUGAAGCAGUGCCAGAUGGUUGCAAUGGACGAGGCUGACAAGCUUCUCUGCCCAGAGUUCCAGCCGAUCAUUGAGGAUCUCAUCAAGUUUCUGCCCCCAGACAGACAGAUCCUCAUGUACUCCGCGACCUUCCCAAUGACCAUCCUGGAGUUCAAGAACCGAUUCAUGAACGAGGCCCACGAGAUCAACCUGAUGGAUGAGCUCACCCUGAAGGGCGUGUCGCAGUACUACGCCUUUGUGGAGGAGCGCCAGAAGGUCCAUUGCCUGAACACGCUCUUCUCCAAGCUGCAGAUUAAUCAGGCCAUCAUCUUCUGCAACUCGGUGACUCGCGUGGAGCUUUUGGCGAAGAAGAUCACAGAGCUGGGCUACUCUUGCUUCUUCAUUCACUCACGGAUGUACCAGUCGCACAGAAACCGAGUCUUCCACGACUUCCGCAACGGUGCCUGCCGGUGUCUAGUGUCCUCGGACCUUUUCACGCGUGGCAUCGACAUCCAGUCUGUGAAUGUCGUGAUCAACUUUGACUUCCCCAAGAACUCCGAAACCUACCUCCACCGAAUCGGGCGAUCUGGCCGAUUUGGCCACCUUGGUCUGGGCAUCAAUUUUGUGACCUACGAGGACCGGUACAACCUCUACCGCAUCGAGAAGGAGUUGGGCACAGAGAUCCAGCCCAUCCCCGCCACUAUCGACCCAGCGACCUACACCUGA